UUUGCUGGGAUUAAGAAAACCACAGAAAAAUGAACUAAUGUUUUUAUAUUAUUGUUAAUCUUCUCGUUGUAGUUACAAAAUGAACCUAAGUAUGUGAAACAAAACAGUCAUAUGAUAGCGGGGGUAAAGGUCAAUCUUGUUGAGAAACAUGGCGGCUCCCACUGACAGGAUGGGACUGCUGCUCGUGGCCCUGUUGCCUGUCCUUUUUAGCAUUGCCGACGCUGUGGAUCGUAGUAACUUCAAAACAUGUGAUCAAAGUGCCUUCUGCAAGCGUCAGCGAGAUGUGAAGCCUGGACAGUCUCCGUAUAGAGCUCUGUUGGAGACGAUGGAGCUCAGUGAGGCACGCCUUACACUGCAGCUCAUCAACGACAACAACAAGGUGCGAUUACUGCUGGAGCUGUAUAGACUGCAAGGGAACAUGACACGGGUCAGAAUUAAUGAACUGAAGCCACUCAGGCCAAGAUAUGAGGUGCCAGAUGUUCUCAUCCAAGAGCCGCCUACUGAAUCCCUCUUGCUGCUAGAGCGAGAUGAGCAUGGUAUGGUUCUUUCCCUCGGGGUGGAUGACCAGCGACUCAUCAUCAAUGCCCGUCCCUUCCGUCUCGAUAUCAUGGAUGGGCCAAAGGUCCUGUUGUCCCUCAACUCCCGAGGCCUGCUGGUUUUUGAGCACCUCCGCCUGCGCAAGGACACUAUCUCUCAUAAAAUAAGUAGCACAGUCGGUAGCAUGUGGGAUAAGAUCAAGAGCGUGUUCUCUAGUAAAACUGAGGCAGAUGCCGAAGGAGUUGAAAAUGAUGUGGAACAGAAUGAAGCUGAGAAGGUUGAAGAGGUAGAGGAGGUAACGGAGGAGGAAGAGCAGCCAGGCAUGUGGGAAGAGACAUUCAAAUCUCACAGUGACGCCAAGCCCAGCGGUCCAUCCUCCAUCAGUUUAGACUUCUCUUUCCCCGGGGUCGACCAUGUCUAUGGCAUUCCAGAACACGCAGAUAGCCUUAAACUUCGAACAACAGAUGGAGGGGAGCCCUAUCGGCUGUACAAUCUGGACGUGUUCCAGUACGAGCUGUACAACCCCAUGGCCCUGUAUGGCGCCGUGCCUGUGCUCCUGUCCCACACCGCGGAGAGAACCAUGGGCCUCUUCUGGCUCAACGCAGCGGAGACCUGGGUGGAUAUCAGCUCCAGCAGAGCUGUACAGGGUGGCGGUGACGCUCCACAGACAGACGUGCGUUGGAUCUCCGAGAGCGGCAUCAUCGACGUCUUCAUCAUGCUGGGCCCCCGCCCCACGGACGUGAUCUCUCAGUACGCCUCCCUCACAGGCACGCAGUCGUUCCCCCCGCUCUCUGCCCUGGCUUACCACCAGUGUCGGUGGAACUACAAUGACCAGGAGGACGUGCAGGCUGUGGAUAAUGGCUUCGACGAGUACGACAUUCCGUACGACUUCAUUUGGCUGGACAUCGAACACACAGACGGCAAGCGCUACUUCACCUGGGACCCAAAUAAGUUCUCCCAGCCUCGCGAAAUGCUUCAGAACCUGAAGGACAAAAAGCGAAAGAUGGUCACCAUCGUGGACCCUCACAUCAAAGUGGACAGUAGUUACAAGAUCCACAAAGAGAUCCGUUCAAAGGAUUUUUACAUUAAAAACAAAGAUGGCGGUGACUAUGAAGGAUGGUGCUGGCCAGGGAAUGCGGGCUACCCGGACUUUACCAACCCUGAAAUGAGAGCCUGGUGGGCCACUAUGUUUGCUUAUGACCAGUAUGAGGGCACCAUGGACAACCUGUACACUUGGAAUGACAUGAAUGAGCCAUCAGUGUUCAAUGGCCCCGAGGUGACCAUGCACAAGGACGCACUGCACGGGGGAUGGGAGCACAGGGACGUCCACAACCUGUACGGCUUCUACGUGCAAAUGGCCACUGCUCAGGGUCUGAUCCAGAGGUCGGGUGGAGUGGAGAGGCCUUUCGUCCUGACCAGAGCUUUCUUUGCUGGAUCCCAGCGUUAUGGUGCGGUGUGGACGGGGGAUAAUGCUGCAGAGUGGGGCCACCUGAAGAUGUCCAUCCCCAUGUGCCUGAGUCUGGGCCUGGUGGGCAUCUCCUUCUGUGGAGCCGAUGUUGGGGGCUUCUUCAAGACUCCCAGCCCAGAGCUGUUGGUGCGCUGGUACCAGGCCGGUGCCUAUCAGCCUUUCUUCCGGGCCCACGCUCACCUGGACACCCCGCGCCGCGAGCCUUGGCUCUUUGGCCCGGAGAACACGGCUCUGAUCCGCGAGGCGGUGCGUCAGCGCUACACCUUGCUGCCCUACUGGUACCAGCUCUUCUACAACGCCCACCGCACCGGACAGCCAGUCAUGAGACCUCUGUGGCUAGAGUACCCUGGAGACCCUGCUACUUUUGCCAUUGAGGAUGAGUUCCUACUGGGGAAGGACUUGCUUGUUCAUCCAGUCACAGAUGAAGGGUCACAUGGAGUAACCGCCUUCUUGCCUGGAGAGGGAGAGGUUUGGUAUGAUGUCCAUACAUAUAAGAAGCACCAGGGAAACCUGAAUCUUUACAUUCCUGUCACCAUGAACUCUAUUCCUGUCUUUCAAAGAGGCGGCUCCAUCAUCACUAGGAAGGAGCGUGUGCGGAGGUCUUCUUCCUGUAUGGAAGAUGACCCCUACACUCUCUAUGUGGCUGUAAAUGCACAGGGAACGGCAGAGGGAGAGCUUUACAUCGAUGAUGGCCACACUUUCAACUAUGAGAAGCAGAAUCAGUUUAUUCACCGGCGUCUGACCUUCACUGAAGGCUCAUUGUCAUCGAGCAACCUGUCUCCAGAUUCUCAGUUCUCCACAGCCUCUUGGGUAGAGAAAGUGAUCUUCAUUGGAGUCCCCAAACCUAGCGCUGCUACCCUCAGGACUGCUGAUGGCGCCGAGUCUCCUCUGGAGUUUGAGUUUGAUCCCGCCUCUGAGCUGCUCGCUCUGCGCAAGCCUGGCGUGAACGCUGGGGCCGACUGGACCAUUCACCUGCGGUAACCCAUGGUAACCCAUGGUCAUAAGUGUGGACUUGCGUACUCAUUCCUCUGUUGUCAAUGAUCAGGUGAUGGUUAUCACCUGCAGUAUGACGGCUGUUUUACACACACACCACGCGCACACACACACACACACACACACACACACACACACACACAUUCAAAGGCACGUACAUUUACAAUGUGGAAGUUUGGAAUUAGGUGUCCAUUCAGGGAAAAAUCCAUCGGCAAAGGGGAUAGGAUUGACUUUUAGACGUUUGCUUGUCUUGUGUUGCCACUGGAUACUGGGCCCUGAGGGAUGAGCUGGCUAGGACCACAUUUGUAGACUAUUUCUAAGGAACACUUCAUUUAGGUUGGAACAAUUCAUUGAAGACUUAUGAUUUUGACAGGUUAGGGUUGUUACAUUUUGUGUUUUGAUUAUUUGUCAUGAAUAAAAUCACUGAGGUUUGCACUUAAACAACUGAGCCCAGUGAACAAUUGUCUUAUGUUUGUUAUUCAUAGUAUCAUUUCCUUUUACUUAAGUUGAUUGCAAAAGUCCAGAUUUGCUAUUCAGUAAUUAAAACUAAAAAAAAACAUUUUAAUUAUAUAUAAUAAUUAGAAAAAACAGAAAUUCACAUUUCAGCAAACCAGCUGCCAUUGCAGAUGUUAAUUGACUGACAAGUUAUGAAAUCAAGGAGGCCAGUUAUCAAAUCAAGGUCAUUUCCUUCAAUGCUGACUCGGUGAUGACAAAAAAAUAAGAUUACAGAUUCGAUGUGCACAUCCAGUACUCGUGUGGUAGAGGCCUACAGCUAAACUGACCAAAUGAAGGAUGGCGAGGGUGACCUUUUACAAUAGAACAUAUUGGCCAGUAAUGGCUUCCUCACUCUUCACAUUCUUUGCUGCACAACAUGUUGGCAUCUCAUUCCUUUUUUAAGGGCUCAUAUGCUGUUACCUCAAGCAAUUGAUUUCCCCCUUUACAUAAAGACCACCAGAACAGUGGUGACCAGGACAAAGAUGGAGCCUUGAACUACACUACACUACACUGUCACAAGAAAUGCAGUAUUUUUUGGUUUUGAACAGUGUUAAGAAACAGUGCUGAAAAUGUCAAUAUUUUGUAGUGAUCUAUAAUGUGCUUAACAUUGGAAUUAUUGAAAAAGAAUGGGAUUUGUGAGUUGUCAGCUCUACCCUUCAACAAACAAAAAUAAAUAAAUAUUCAUGUG